CACAUGGCACUGCUUCACAUCCACAAAGACAUUUUGGAUGAUCUGGAUAUUCAGGGUCUCAUGGCAGAGUUUAUCAGCCGAACUCCAGAGGGCAAAUCUACCUUUGGUGUACCGGAAAUCAUCGUAAGGUUUCCUGGUUUCAAAGAGGUGCGACUGGUCCCGGGGAAACACGACAUCUCCUUCGUGGAGUUUGAGAGCGAGACGCAGGCGGGCGUGGCUAAAGACGCACUGCAAGGCUUCCGGAUCACAGCCACCUGCGCCAUGAAGAUCACCUACGCCAAGAAGUAGUCCCCGAGUUCAGUCGCUGGACACACAGAGACUCUGAGGGGGACAAAGGGGGACAUGGUCCCUGGAUUACCGUUGGGGUCCCACAUUGAUUUUUGUAAAUCAUACAGAGCUGUUUGUUUUUUGUUUUGU